AUGGAGGGCGGACAGAUCCCACUUCAGGCUUGGGUACCAGUCCAGAAUAAGAGGCAGAAAAAGAGAGUCAAGGGCAACCCUCAGGCUCAGGCCCAGAAUGAGCAAGAGAAACCUGUGCAGAACCCCAGGAAAGUGCAGCAGGGCAUGAUCCAGGAUCCCAAGGCCCUAGUAUGGAAGAGCAAACAUCAGAAAGCUCAGCCCUAUGUAAAAAGGACUCCCACCAUAGAAGUCAGCACCCCUGAAGAAGUGGAAAGCAUACCCAAGAGCCUCAGUGGAAAUGAAGACAAAAAGCUGGCCAGAGCUGUAGCAGAUAAGCCCCCAAAAGCACAGGCCCUAAAUAAUCCCAAGACAUCAGGAGAUACACUCAACCAAGUCAAAGCCAAGCCUUUUGGUUCUCCUGCUAAUGGCCAGGAGGACAGAGAGGCAGAUAAGCAUGACAGUGACUGGGACAGCAGCUAUUCAGGGCAUAAACAACAGAAGCCCAGAUUCAGUCUCCCCAAUGUUGGGGAGAAUUUCCACUUAACAAAGGCCAGCAUGAAGUCCCAAGAGCCCAGGUGCCCUGUGUCACAGCAGAGGCCUGACAACCUUAAGCUCACUGGCAGUAACCACAGGGGCAUCAGAGUAGGUACCCCGAGGCCUCCAGUUUGCAACCCUAGGAGCACUGGGGCAAGCCCAGGCCACAGAAAUAACCAGAAGCCCUUGCCCACCAAACCUGAUCUGAGCAGCCCAAAUCUGGACACAUGGUCCCAAAGCAAGCCCACGCCCCCCACUGUCCCUAAAGAGGAGAACCAGGGCCUUUGCAAACAGCCAGCUAUUUUUCCAGGGAGCAACUAUACUGUCCCUGAAGUCAGUUAUGCCAGCAAGGUUAAACAAAACCUAUGCAAGGUCCCCAAAUCCUUCAUUUCCUCAGGGUUGGCUUCAGAACCAUUACUGUUUCAGCCUCAGACAUCUGCCUUGGUGGAGUCUCCCAUCCUACCACCUGGCCAAAGGCUGAGCCAAGUCCCUGGGUCUCCCCUGGGGCCAGUUAAUCCACUGGGCUCUCUUAACAGGCCUGAACAGAACAUGCCUAUGGAUGCUUGCCUAAUGAAGUGUCCCAUGCCUAACCUUAAGUCCAAAGUGAGUCCAAGGUGCCCAGGCAUAGAACAGAGCUUCACCUGCCCCUCCAUGCUGAUAACCACAACCAAGGACCUGAUGCCAAACUGUAGGUCCUCCCAGAUAGAAGCCCAAAUGCUGAGGGACAUCGUCAAAAACAAAUGGGGUUUAUCAUUUAUUAGUGAGAUCGACAUCGAACCUGAGACUGCGCAAGAGAUGGCAUCAGAGGCUCAAGUCAAACAGCCUACACUGCCACACAAGUGUCCCACCCCCAGCCCCCUGGCUGCCCAGGAGACUGCAGGAAACCCCACUGGGGCUGAGCACCUAAAGCACUCCCCCCACGUUUGUGAUGUGAACAAAUGGCUUAACCCACAAGGAUCAGAGGGCAUCAUCAAACUAGCCAUUCUGAAGAGCAAGAGUGAUGAAGCCUUCAUUCCGGUGCCCAGUAUUAGAGAUGACCUGCAGGAGGCAGACCAGAGGAGCACAGGGUCAUUCAUGCUCCUCUGUAAUGAAAACCAGCUGGACUCUUCUGAGCCCUUUACCUUGAGUCUUGACCCCAUCUUGAAAGAAGCAGAAAAGAAAGAUGAAUGGAAACCAUUUGAUUUCAGGGCCGCUGUGGAAUACCACAUGGCUGAAAUGAAAUCUGUCUGGGAUUUGCAGAAGAAAGACCCCCUAAAAGUGAUCAUUUAUGAUGAGUCUUUGGACUUAUAA